AUGAAGAUCCUCGAAGCUCAAAACGCCACCCUUACCAACCUGGAGGUCUAUGAAUUCCUCAACAAGCAGGCAAAGGAAUACCAGGCCCAGAAGCGUCGCGGCCCGGGCAACCUGGAAACCCUGCGACGUGAGCUGCUGCAGUAUUUUGAGGCUGCCCCCGGCCCGCUGAGCCAGAAGCCGCAGCCUUACGACACGUCGGCCAUCAAGCUGCUUAUGGAGCGCCUGCGGCCGUAUGAAAUCACAAAGGGCGAGUUCAUCAUGCUCAUCAACCUGCGGCCAACCAACAUCCCGAGCCUUAACACGGUGCUCGAGGAGAUGGAGACGCGCUACACCGAGGCCCAGCAGGAGGACAUUGUCCAGGGCGUCCUGGAGAUUCUGGGCCAGUUCCCCGCUGCGGAU